GAAACCGUAAUUGCAUAUAAAAAUGAGAUCGAUCUACUUGGCGCUCAUAUUAUGUUGUUUAUGUCCUUUGAUAACCGCGCAGAACCCCAUCUGUCGCAUAAAGGCCUCUUUUGUGGGAAAGUGCAAGGGUUUCGCCUACAUACCGAGAAAGCAUAGAUGUGUAAGGAUAUCUGGUGACUGCUACGGAAGGGGUAACUUCUUCAAACGAUUCGAGGACUGUCAAGCAAGUUGUAUAGAUUUUUGAAGAUCAUAGAAAAUGCCAGUUUGCACCAAUUACAUCCUGAAUUUGUUAAAACUGAAUACCAAUACAUAACGUAUUUUACUCCUCAAUGGCCAAGUGGCACACCCCAAACUGAGCCAU